AUGAGAUUAUCAAAUAUCGAGCAUUGGCUCACCUAUCAUAUUCGAACAUGGCUUUCAAAUUCAUUCGAAUGGUCCACCAUUCAUAAUUCAACAUUCAUUAUAUCUUUAUUCUCAUCCAUUUCUGCUGGGCUUUUUUCUAUGAUUUCGGUAUAUGCAGUACCGUGGGAAUUAAGGUUAGGAUACUCUUCACUUGACGUUAAUUUACUUUAUGCUGCAGGGAAUUUAGGAGCUUAUUUGACUCCUCCAUUAUUAGGUAUAUUAUCCGAUUCUCACGGCCCUGUGAUAUUAAGUUGGCUUUCCUUCAUUGGUUUCGUUCCCAGCUAUUUAUACCUAUCUUGUGUUUUCCAGUUGGGAUCCGAUCCAUGUUUUGCCCUCUCCGUAGUGGCAUUUGCAAUUGUUGGAAUCGCUACCAGUUCGCUGUACUUUUGCGCUUUAAUUACUUGUGCAAAGCUGUACCCCGAUACAAAACUAUUGUCAAUCAGUUUCCCCACGACAUGUUUUGGAUUAUCCUCCGUAAUUGGGUUGCAGGUAAUUAAAUUACCAUGGUUCCAUUCUAAAGAGGACGGUUACCUAGAUCUUGCUGUUGUCUUUAAAUCGUUCGCUGUCUUCUACACGUUUGUAUUUUUGUUGACAUGGAUUUCCACUAGUACGAUUUCUAUCAUUAAGCUUCGUGGUUCUCAAUCUCCAUCAGCAUCGCAUGCAUCAGCAAGAGCGGAUGCUAUUGUACUUGAAGAUGAAACCACGCUAUUACUUGCUAGUGGAAAUAAAGGCGAGUUUUAUAAGAGGAUCAGAAACUUUUUCCAAGAUUAUAUUGCAUACGCAUUCCUGAUAGUAAUGCUCCUCAGUAUGGGGGUCAUGGAAAUGUUCAACACAAACAUGGUAAACCUGACAAGCUUGAUACUUGGGCCUGGAUCCUCUUUCAACGUUUUGACGCAGUUUGCCCUUUUCUCUACAAGUUCACGACUAUUGUCUGGUUUAUUUAUUGAUCUGUUCACCAAAUGGAACUGGCCAAGGAUUCCUCUCAUUAUAUUGAUGCUCUUAUCUGCAAUCCUUGCUCAGGUAAUCAUUAUUCAUGCGAUGAACGUGGUGAACAUAUCUUACAUCGCAAUUGCAAGUGCAAUCUCGGGUUUCACAUACGGUGGGCUUUUCACCAUAUUCCCAGCAUUAACUCUUAAUCUCUGGGGAGAUGAGGUCUUUGGUACCGCUUACGGUACGUUCAUGUUGGGACCUGCAUUUGGAUCUUCAUUUUUUGGCGUCAUGUAUGCUCAAGUACACGAUUCCAAUUGCAAAUCGGUCAUUCCAGCCGCCACAGCCGACCCUGUCACUUCUUCUCCCAACUGCAUUGUGCCUGCAUUUACCGCCUCCACUAUUGCACUAGUAGUGGCUCUCACAAUUACUAUAAUAGCGACGGUAAAAUCUAAAAGACUUAGAAGUGCCUAA